ACUGAUACCAAGACACCACGCGCAUGGCACCGCGUUGGUACCGGUACCGAGACACCGCGCGUGUGUGACCGCGCCGGUUCCGAGAUAUCAGGCGUGUGUGACCGUGUCGGUACCGGUACCGAGACACCGCAUGCGUGGCACUGCGCUGGUACCAGUACCGAGACAUCGGGCGCGUGUGACCGCAUUGGUACCGGUACCGAGACACCGCACACGUGGCACUGCGCCGGUACCAGCACUGGUACUGAGACACCUCGUGUGUGGGAUUGCGGUACCGGUACCGAGACACCGCGCAUGUGACACCGCAUCGGUACCAGCCCAGAAACACCUCACGUGCUGCCAGUACCAGCACCAGACCGAGCGCAAGCCCACGUGGGAAUGCGCUGGUACCGGCACUGGCCCAGAGACACCGCUCAUGUAGGGACCGCGCCGGUACCGGCACCGGACCGGGGACCCCGCACACAUGAGACCGCGCCGGAAGCGGCGCAAGCAGCACGGCGCACAUGGGGACCGCGCCAGUACCGGGCCGGGCUCACCGCACACGGCCUGGGACCGCGGCGGCCUGGCGCCACCGCACGCGCGGGACCACGCCGGUACCGGCGCCAGAGCCAGGACACCGAGCGCGUGGGAGCCGCGCUGGUACUGGCACCAGGGCCUGGACGCUGCGCACCACAAGCAACUAGAACCGGCACCGGCCCAGGGACACCGCACACGUGGGACCACGCCGGUACCGAUACCGGCACACCAUGCACGUGGGACCACGCCGGUACCGAUACCGGCACACCACGCACGUGGGACCACGCCGGUACCGAGACCCCACGCACGUGGGACCACGCCGGUACCGGCACCGGCCCAGAGACACCACGCACGUGGGACUGUGCCGGUACCGGUACUGAGCCAAUGCAAAUGUGGAAUGGCACCGGAACCCGCACCAGCCCGGAGACGCCGUGCACGUGGGACCACACCAGUACCGGAACCAGCCCGGAGACACCGUGCACGUGGGACCACACCAUACCGGAACCAGCCCGGAGACGCCGUGCACGUGGGACCACACCGGUACCAGAAGCGGCCCGGAGACGCCGUGCACGUGGGACCACACCGGUACCGGCACCGGCCCAGAGACGCCGCACACGUGGGACCGCGCCAGUACUGGUACCGAGCCAAUGCACAUGUGGGACUAUGCCGGCACCAGCCCAGGGACACCGCACACGUGGGACCACGCCAGAACCAGCACUGGCCCGGAGACAUCGUGCACGUGGGAUCACACCGGUACCGGCCCGGAGACACCACACACGUGGGACCACGCCAGUACCAGCCCAGAGACACCGUGCACGUGGGACCACACCGGUACCGGUACCGGCCCGGAGACACCGUGUACGUGGGACCACACCGGUACCGGCACCAGCCCGGAGACACCGUGCACGUGGGACCACACCAGUACCGGUACCGGCCCGGAGACACCGUGCACGUGGGACCACACCGGUACCGGUACCGGCCCGGAGACACCGUGCACGUGGGACCACACCGGUACCGGUACCGGCCCGGAGACACCGUGCACGUGGGACCACACCGGUACCGGUACCGGCCCGGAGACACCGUGUACGUGGGACCACACCGGUACCGGCACCAGCCCGGAGACACCGUGCACGUGGGACCACACCAGUACCGGUACCGGCCCGGAGACACCGUGCACGUGGGACCACACCAGUACCGGUACCGGCCCGGAGACACCGUGCACGUGGGACUGCACCAGUACCGGUAUCGAGCCAAUGCACAUGUGGGACUAUGCCGGCACCAGCCCAGGGACACCGCACACGUGGGACUGUACCGGCACCGAUCCAGAAACACCGCACACGUGGGACCACGCCAGAACCAGCACCGGCCAGGAGACACCGUGCACGUGGGACCACGCCAGUACCGGUACCGGCCCGGAGACACCGUGCACGUGGGACCACACCAGUACCGGUACCGGCCCGGAGACACCGUGCACGUGGGACCACACCAGUACCGGCCCAGAGACACCGUGCACGUGGGACCACACCGGUACCGGUACCGGCCCGGAGACACCGCGCACGUGGGUUCACGCCGGUACCGGCCUGGAGACACUGGGCACGUGGUACCACACCAGUACUGGCCCGGCGACACCGUGCACAUGGGACUACACCAAGACCGGUACCGGCCCGGAGACACUGAACACUUGGGGACCACGCCGGGGCCGGUUCCUGGGGCUGGGAACUGCCCCCGGGACAGCAGGGACUGUGGGAAGCCUGGCCUCAGAGCGGUGUUUUUGGAUUAAAAGUUGCCAGAAAAAGGGCUAAAACACCGGGGUGCUGCCUGCUGCCUUCUGGGAUUCCAUAAAUAAACUGCUUAUUUAUU